AUGCUUCAUCGAGUCGACGUACCAGGUCACCGACGACCUGUACAUCGGCUAGCUCGAGGAGCAGGUGAGGCAUCUGCGGAUGGGCGACCAGGAGACUGCGACCGACUACUGCAACCGGGCUCGGCGACUUCUCGCCACCAUGAGGAUGUCCGGCGUGCAGUACUCAACGGCGUCGUGAACUACGCUGCCCCGACGAAGCAAGGUGGCCGUCCGGGACAGCGUAGUCAUCCUGGCGACAGUGGUAGCAGUGGCGGGAAGCCGGGUAGGGACGUCGACAAGACGAAGUCGGCCAAGGACGGCGGUCGCGGAGGAGGAGGUCGGCGUCGGGAGUGCUGGAUCUGCCAUAGCCCCGACCACCUCUCCUUUGAGUGCCCCGACCGAAGUGAGUCCGACGACGACGCCAAGGGAGGUUGCGGGAGGUCGGCCAGCCGUUGUCCACGUUGGGGAAGCAGGCCGCGCAAGGAGAAACAGUCGAACAAGUCGACCUCGGCGAAGGACGCCGACUCCUCUGCUGGCGGCAAGGGGCGAGACGACAAGGAGGCGUCGUGCUCGCUGGUCGGCGUCGUGGAGCCGACCGUCUCGCAGGCGUCGGAGGCCGGAGAGGAUUUCCAGGCGAUGGCAGCAGCGGUGCAGGCGAACCCGGCGGUGGUCCUGCUCGACAGCGGCUGCUCACACCACCUGAUGGGGACAAAGGACGCCUUCGUCGACCUGCAGCCGAGCGGCGACGUCAAGCACGGGGAGGUCGGGAAGCAGGUUCUCAUUCCCGACGUGCUCUAUGUCCCGGGCGUGAAGGCGAAGUUGCUCUCCGCCAGUCAGCUAAGGGAGAACGGCGUGAAGCUGCAGGAUGAUGGUGACAGGAUGCUACUCGUCUCGGCAGCAGGGGACGUGCUUGGUCGGGCGACGUACACCGGCCGGGUCCUCUGCACCGACCUUCGACCUUGCUCAAGAGAGCGGAAUCCAACCAUAACAGAGGUGGUGGCACUGCGGGCGAUUGUCUCGGCGACCAAGUCGACGCCGGGGAGGUGGCACGCGAGGCUUGCACACGUCGGCGUCGAUAUCAUCACGAGCUCGGCAAAGCACGAAAUUGCCAUCGGCCUGAACGUCAAGCAGUCGGCCGGUGCGGACUCCCCGUGCGUGUCAUGCGUCGGCGGGAAGCUGGCGCGGCACACGUUCCCCGAUAAGGGCUCGGACGCCGAGGACUCUCUGGCCGUCGUGCACAUCGACCUGUGCGGGCCAUUCCGGGUGGCUGCCAAGGAUGGCAGCUUGUACUUCUUGCUGCUGAAGGACCGCAAGACUCGCUACGUGUGGGUGUGGCUGGUCACGAAGAAAUCGGACGUGCGGCGGGAGUUUGAGAAGUGGCUGGUAGUGGCUGAGCGGCAGACCCAGAAGUCGGUGUUGAUGCUGCGCUCUGACCGGGGAGGGGAGUUUCUUGGGAAGGAGGAUGACGCCGUACCAGCUACUGACUGGGAAGAAGCCCGACUUGUCGCUAGCACGGGUGUGGGGCUUCAUGGCACAGUUUCUGGUUCCCGAACAGCAACGUGGGGCCUUCACCUCGGUGUGUCAGAGGAGAGUAAGGGCUGGGAGCUCCUCGACAUCGCCGACAACCGGGUGGUCACCACGUCGGACGUGGUGUUCUACGAGACCAUGUCGCUCGAGGUGUGGAAGUCGGAGCAUGGGCCGGUGUCGGGGCGGACGCUGGUCACCCCGCCGACAGAUACCUCGACGGCGGCACUCCCUCUGCUCGCCGUGGUCGGUGAGCUUGCUGAUGACGAUGCCGAGGUCGUCCGCCCUUCCUCCACUUCCUCUGCCCCUCCUCCCCCUCCCCUAGAGGCCAACCUGCGUGGGCUGACUCCGGUAUCGGCCUCCGGUGAUGAGGGGAGAUGUGGGGCGUCGCUUGAAGCUCCGGCCAAGGACAUCACCGGUGGCCGUCGUGGCGACAAGCAAGACGGCGUGGAAGCAGAGCAGCAGACCAAGGAGCCAACGCCGACAAUGGUAAAGGGGGCGGCUGCAGGGAAGCUGCCGACAGGGGAGCAGAGGAUGGUGGAGCCGACAGGGAAGCUGUCAGCAACGGGGAUGUCGAUGGGGGAGUCGACAACAGGGGAGAAGUCUACUGGGACGCUGGCUUUGGUGCAGCACGACGCCGAGGACUAA